UCUCGGAGGGUGCGGCCCCUUGAGCCCCCCUGGCCCAAAUCAGCAAGAAGACCCCCUGUUUCCUGUAUAUUCUUCCAAAUUGAGCCGGGCAGUAUUUCCGUCGCGAUGGCAUCAGGACAGUACGUCGCAGUGUACAAAAUGGCCAGGUCGCCCUCUCUGUGAUGGUGCAGAUCUUGUCGACAUGUCGCAAGAGCUCUUUGAACUUGUGUCUUCUGCCUCUUCUUCUCCUUCUUCGUCUUCUUCUUCGUCUAUAUUCUCCAGAUCGCUGCCCUGUUCAUUGUCCAAGUAGUCCUUCCUUUUCAUAACAGAGCUCGUUCUCGCUUCUUUUUCCAAAGAUGUUUCCUUCAGUCCCCCUCCUUCUCGCUCUCAGUGGUGCCCUGGCGGUGUCCGCGCUGCCCCGUGCAGUAUCCAACACCACAACCAGCUGCCCUGUCCUCCUCGACGGCCGCGUGCCCUCCAACGCGACCCUCGACGAGUUCGACGCGACCAACGGCAUCUUCAACCCCGACUACGUCAAGGGCAACAACGUGUCGUGGAGCGACAUCCUGCUCUUCCCCUCGGCGGUUCCCGCCUCGCGCUUCGACAGCGGCAGCUACAAGCCCCUCGAGGUGACCAUCAACAACGCCUCCAUCUUCCAGACGCAGUACGGCUUCCGGCGGGCGGGCUUGCAGUUUGCGGCCGACACCAACACGGGCAGCCCCGGCUACGCGGGCGUCGUGACGCUGCACUGGAGUGUGCGCCAGGACCCGGCGCGGGCGCUGAACCUGAGCCAUGAGUAUCUGAACGUGUGGCACGAGAGCGCCGAUUACAGUGCGGACCAGAUCAUGUUCCAGGCCGGGCAGAUGAUUGAUUUCCCUGACCUGCCGAGCGACACGUUCAAGAUCUUUGAUCGGAAUUCGGCCUUGCUUUGGAGCACCGAGAUUGAGGAGGAUGAGUGGCAGAAUUUUGCUGUCACGCUGGACAUGGACGCAAACACCGUCCAGUUUUACUACUCUGUGGGCACUGAUGCCCUGGCUGCUGUCACCAAUAUCAUCUCGGCUGACCUGUCCGGUGACGGCGAAUAUCAAAUCGGCAUCCUCAAGAAGCCCACGGGGUCCUCGGAUGUUGUCAACUCUGGAUACCAGGAGGCUCCGUUUGAAGAAGGCCAGAUCUAUGGUGGUCUGUUUGUGGAGGACAGCACUGGUGGUUGUAUCUCUCUGUAAUCAGCUAACCUACACGGUGACGCGAUGAGAGAGGAAGGGAGAACGACCAUGUAAAUUGGAAUUUUCUGUCUAUUAUUGCUGCCGGCCACCGUCCUGCGAUAUAGUUACGAAACAGAAUCUGAUCAGCAUAAAUGU